UUCAGUACUCAGUUCAUUAAAUUACAUUGAGUGGAACAGUUCAGUCUAGUACAAAAUUUAAAUUUUUAUUUAAAAAAAAAUUUAUUAAUUAAGUCAGCGUUUAUUGUUCUUGUUUUAUUUAAUUUAAUUCAAUAAUUAAACAUACACUACACACCUAUAUUAAUUAAUAAAAAAUGGUCAUCAAUUUUGCUGCCGGACCAGCACAAUUACCUAAAGAGGUACUUGUUGAAGUCCAAAAACAACUUGUUGAUUAUAAAGGACAUGGACUUAGCGUUAUGGAAAUGUCGCAUAGAGGAGUUUUAUAUAAUGCAAUUCAUGAGAGUGCCAUUAAAAAACUAAGAGAACUUCUUUGUAUACCAGACAAUUAUAAAGUUCUUUUUAUGCAAGGUGGUGGAACCGGAUUAUUUGCAGCAGUUUGUAUGAAUUUAUUGGGACGUACUGGUGCUGCUGAUUAUAUCGUUACAGGAUCUUGGUCUGAGAAGGCUGCUAAAGAAGCUACUAAAUAUGGUAUUGUUAAUUUAGUAAUACCCAAAGCAGAAAAAUUUCAACAAAUUCCUAGUGAGGAUGUUUGGAAAUUAGAUCCAAAUGCCUCAUAUUUAUAUUAUUGCGAUAAUGAAACAGUUGAUGGUGUUGAAUUUGGUUUUAUGCCUAAAAGUCUUAAUGAUGUUCCAUUGGUUUGUGAUAUGUCGUCAAAUUUCUUAAGUAGAAAAGUAGAUGUUUCAAAAUAUGGUCUUAUUUUUGCUGGUGCACAAAAAAAUGUUGGUCCAGCUGGUGUAACAAUUGUAAUUGUACGUGAUGAUUUAAUUGGUCAUGCAAUGAAAAUAACACCUUCAGUAUUUGAUUUUGCAGUUCUUGCAAAAAAUAACUCAUUAUACAAUACUCCACCAUGUUUUGGGAUUUAUGUUAUAGACUGUGUACUAGAUUGGAUUAAAAAACAUGGUGGGAUUGACGGAAUGGCAAAAAAUGCAGAUAUAAAAUCACAACUUAUUUAUAAAGUAAUUGACGAAUCUAAUGGUUUUUAUAAUUGUCCAGUAGUAACUGAUGCAAGAUCUCGUAUGAAUUUACCAUUUAGAAUUGGUUCAAUAAAAGGUGAUGACGAUUUGGAAAAUAAAUUCUUAAAAGGAGCGGAAGUUGAAGGUAUGAUUCAACUGAAAGGACACAGAAGUGUUGGAGGAAUUCGUGCUUCAUUAUAUAAUGCUAUAACAAUUGCUGAAACAGAAAGAUUAGCUGAUUAUAUGAUUGAGUUUUGUAAGAAUAAUCAAGCAAAAGCUUGAUUUUUCCAGAGCUCAAAUGACCAUGUAAAAGAAUUUACAAAUAUUUUAAUUUUUCGUUUCGUACAACAUUAGUUAUAAGUAUGAAAAAUAAAAAUAUUUUUUUAAUAUUAAAUUUUUAAAAAAUA